CAUGUCCGCCAUCCCGGCGUGCUGCGCGCCCGGGCAGCAGCCGGAGCAGCCGCGGCGGCCGCGUCCCCUCCCUGCGCUGUGAGACAGCAGCACCGCCUGCGGAGCGCGAGUGAGGAGCCGCCGCCCGCGCCUCUCCCCCCGCGUCCUCCUGCUCCUGCUGCUCCUCCGCCCUGUCCCGCGCCGCUGCCCGGCCGGCCAUGCCGUCUCGGGCAAGGUAAUGAGCCGCAGAGCCCCGGGGUCUCGGCUGAGCGGCACCGGCAGCAGGCAGCACUACCACCCGCGGGGCUGGAAUGACUGGCAACCCAGAACUGACAGUGCAUCAGCUGACCAGGACAAUUUAAAAUAUUCUUCAUCCAGAGAUCGGGGCAGUUCUGCCUCCUAUGGAUUACAACCCUCAAAUUCAGCUGUGGUGUCUCGGCAAAGACACGAUGAUAUCAGAGUCCACACUGACAUACAGAAUGAAGAAAAAGGUGGCUACAGUGUCAAUGGAGGAUCUGGGGAAAAUACUUAUGGUCGGAAGUCGUUGGGGCAAGAGCUGAGAGUUAACAAUGUGACCAAUCCUGAUUUUACCAGUGUUCCGCAUGGGAAUCGUGCUUUAGCCACAAAAGACAUGAGGAAAUCACAGGAGCGACCGUUGUCUUAUUCUGACGAGUCUCGACUGUCAAAUCUUCUUCGGAGGAUUACUCGGGAAGACGACAGAGACCGAAGACUGGCUACUGUAAAGCAACUGAAAGAAUUCAUUCAGCAACCAGAAAACAAACUGGUCCUUGUUAAACAACUGGAUAAUAUCCUGACUGCCAUUCAUGAUGUGCUCAAUGAAAGUAGCAAAUUGCUUCAGGAAUUGAGACAGGAAGGAGCUUGCUGUCUUGGCCUUCUUUGUGCUUCUCUGAGCUACGAGGCUGAGAAGAUCUUUAAAUGGAUUUUUAGCAAAUUCAGUUCAUCCACAAAAGAUGAAGUUAAACUUCUUUAUUUGUGUGCAACCUACAAAGCACUAGAGACUGUAGGAGAAAAGAAAGCAUUUUCAUCUUUAAUGCAGCUUGUAAUGACCAGCCUGCAGUCCAUCCUAGAAAAUGUUGAUACACCAGAGUUACUGUGCAAGUGUGUCAAGUGCAUCCUUUUGGUGUCUCGAUGCUACCCACACAUUUUCAGCACCAAUUUUAGGGACACAGUGGACAUACUGGUUGGGUGGCACAUAGAUCACACUCAGAAACCUUCUUUGACACAGCAGGUGUCUGGAUGGCUGCAGAGCUUGGAGCCCUUUUGGGUAGCUGAUCUAACAUUUUCUACCACACUCUUGGGUCAGUUUUUGGAAGAUAUGGAAGCUUAUGCUGAGGACCUCAGCCACGUGGCGUCUGGGGAGUCGGUGGAUGAGGACAUUCCUCCUCCCUCGGUGUCGCUGCCCAAGCUGGCUGCGCUUCUGCGGGUGUUCAGCACCGUGGUGAGGAGCAUUGGGGAGCGCUUCAGCCCCAUCAGAGGACCACCAAUUACAGAAGCUUAUGUAACCGAUGUUCUGUACAGAGUAAUGAGAUGUGUGACUGCAGCAAACCAAGUGUUCUUUUCUGAGGCUGUGCUUACAGCUGCCAAUGAGUGUGUUGGGGUUUUGCUUGGCAGCCUGGAUCCCAGUAUGACCAUACGCUGUGACAUGGUCAUCACCUAUGGAUUAGAUCAAAUGGAAAAUUGUCAGACUUGUGGCACUGACUAUGUCAUUUCAGUCCUGAAUCUGUUGACACUGAUUGUUGAACAAAUAAAUACAAAGCUACCAUCAUCAUUUGUAGAGAAAUUAUUUAUACCAGAGUCUAAACUACUUGUUCUUCGUUAUCAUAAGGAGAAAGAGGUUGUUGCAGCAGCCCUUGCUGUAUACCAAGCUGUAUUGAGCCUGAAGAACAUUCCUGUUCUGGAGACUGCUUACAGGUUGAUUCUAGGAGAAAUGACCUGUGCUUUAAAUAGUCUUCUCCAUAGUUUACAUCUUCCUGAGGCCUGUUCCGAAAUCCAGCAUGACUCUUUCAAGAAGCUUAUAUCCAAUGUGGAUAAUGCCAAGUUUGUUGUUAUAUUUGACCUCAGUGCUCUAAGUACUAUUGGAAAUGCUAAAAACUCAUUAAUUGGGAUGUGGGCUCUUUCACCAACUGUGUUUGCACUGCUGAGUAAAAACCUGAUGAUUGUUCAUGGUGACAUAGCAGUUCACUUCCCUGCUGUCCAGUAUGCAGUGCUCUACACACUGUACUCACACUGCUCCAGGCACGACCAUUUCAUAUCCAGUAGCCUCAGUUCUUCCUCUCCCUCUCUGUUUGAUGGAGCAGUUAUAAGUACUGUAACUACAGCAACAAAAAAACAUUUCUCGAUCAUACUGAACCUUUUGGGGCUACUGCUUAAGAAGGAUAACCUUACUCAAGAUACUAGGAAACUACUUACAACAUGGGCUUUGGAAGUGGCUCUUCUGAUGAAGAAAUCAGAAACAUAUACACCGUUAUUUUCUCUCCCAUCUUUUCAUAAGUUUUGCAAAGGACUUUUAGCAAACACACUUCUGGAAGAUGUGAACAUUUGUCUUCAAGCAUGUAGUAGCCUCCAUGCCCUGUCUUCCUCCCUUCCAGAUGACCUUUUACAGAGGUGUGUUGAUGUGUGUCGUGUUCAACUUGUCCAUAGUGGUGCCCGUGUGAGACAAGCUUUUGGAAAACUUCUGAAGUCAAUUCGUUUAGAUGUUGUGUUGAGUAACCGUACCCACACGGAAAUACAAGAAAUUUCUUUGGCUAUAAGAAGUCACAUGAGCAAAGCUCCAAGUAACACAUUCCACCCACAGGAUUUCUCUGAUGUCAUUAGUUUUAUUUUGUAUGGAAACCUCCACCGAACUGGGAAGGAUAAUUGGUUAGAAAGGUUAUUCUACAGCUGUCAAAGACUAGAUAAGAGAGAUCAGCCAACUAUCCCUCGGAACCUGUUGAAGACUGAUGCUGUGCUGUGGCAGUGGGCUGUCUGGGAAGCAGCUCAGUUCACUGUUCUCUCAAAGCUACGAACUCCUCUGGGGAGAGCCCAAGAUACAUUUCAAACAAUUGAAGGUAUUAUUAGGAGUCUUGCAGCCCACACAUUAAACCCUGAUCAAGAUGUCAGCCAGUGGACUACUGCAGACAAUGAUGAAGGACACAGUAGCAACCAGCUCAGGCUUGUUCUCCUUCUCCAGUAUUUGGAAAACUUGGAAAAAUUGAUGUACAAUGCAUAUGAAGGAUGUGCCAAUGCCCUUACCUCUCCACCCAAGGUUAUCAGGACGUUCUUUUAUACCAAUCGCCAGACGUGCCAGGAUUGGCUGACACGGAUUAGACUUUCCAUCAUGAGAGUUGGACUGCUGGCUGGCCAGCCUGCUGUGACAGUCAGGCAUGGAUUUGAUUUACUCACAGAAAUGAAAACUAAUAAUAGUAUCUCUCAGGGAAAUGAAUUGGAAGUGACAAUUAUGAUGCUGGUAGAAGCAUUAUGUGAGCUUCACUGUCCUGAAGCUAUUCAGGGUAUUGCUGUCUGGUCUUCUGCUGUAGUUGGGAAGAGCCUCUCCUGGAUCAAUUCUGUAGCUCAGCAAGCAGAAGGGCGGUUUGAAAAAGCAACUGCAGAAUACCAGGAGCACCUCUGCUCCAUGACUGGAGUGGAUUGCUGUAUAGCAGGCUUUGACAAGACUGUUCUGAAGUUGGCCAAUUCAAACAGUGUGAACAACGCCAGCCCAAAGCAUUCCUUAAAUGGAGAAAGUAGAAAAACUGUUCUGACUAAGCCAAGUGACUCUUCACCUGAAGUGAUAAACUACCUGGGUAACAAAGCAUGUGAAUGUUACAUUUCCAUUGCUGACUGGUCUGCUGUUCAGGAGUGGCAAAACAUGGUCCAUGAACUGAAGAAAAGCAAUAGCAAUACCUCAAUCAAUCUGAAAGCAGAUUUUAACUACAUAAAAUCUUUGAGCAGCUUUGAGUCUGGACAACUUGCUGAAUGCACUGAACAACUAGAAUUAUUACCAGGAGAAAAUAUCAACCUGCUUGCAGGGGGAUCCAAAGAAAAAAUAGACAUGAAGAAGCUCCUUCCUAAUAUGCUAAGUCCUGAUCCAAGAGAACUUCAAAAAGCAGUUGAAGUGCAGCUGUUGAGAAGUUCAGUAUGUCUGGCAACAGCUGUAAACCACAUAGAACAGGAGCAAAAGUGGCAGUCAAUAUCUGAAAAUCUUGUAAAGUACUUAAAGCAAACCUCCCGCAUUGCUAUUGGGCCUUUGAGACUUUCCACGCUCACCGUGUCUCAGUCGUUACCAGUGUUGAGCACUCUUCAGUUGUACUGUUCUUCCGCUUUGGAAAACACUGUAUGCAACAGGCUGACAUCAGAGGACUGUCUGAUACCUCUCUUCAAUGAAGCGUUGAGGUCAUGCAAGCAGCACGAUGUAAGGCCAUGGAUGCAUGCCCUGAGGUACACGGUGUACCAGAAUCAACUGAUGGAAAAGCUUAAAGAACCUACAGUCCCAAUUAAAAGCCAUCUAAUGGAACUGGGUUUAACAGCAGCGAAAUUUGCACGGAAGCGAGGAAACAUCGCCCUGGCUACACGACUGCUCGCCCAGUGCAGCGAGGUCCAGCUGGGGAAAACCACCACAGCACAGGACUUAGUCCAGCACUUUAAAAAAUUGUCUGCACCGGGUCAGAUAGAUGAAAAAUGGGGUCCUGAACUUGAUAUUGAGAAAACAAAGUUGUUAUACACAGCAGGUCAGUCAACACAUGCUAUGGAAAUGCUGAGUUCUUGUGCCAUAUCUUUCUGUAAAUCUGCCAAAGCUGAAUAUGCAGUUGCUAAAUCUAUUCUCACACUGGCUAAAUGGAUUCAAGCAGAAUGGAAAGAGAUCUCAGGACAGUUGAAACAAGUAUAUAGAGCUCAACAGCAGCAGAAUCACACUGGCCUGUCUACCUUGUCUAAAAACAUAUAUAAUUUGAUUAAUCUGCCAGCUGUUAAUACACUAGAAGAUGAAUAUCCUAGGAUUGAAAGUGAAUCUACAGUAAACAUUGGAGUUGGAGAACCAGACUUCAUCUUGGGCCAGCUGUAUCACUUGUCUUCAGUACAGGCACCUGAAGUAGCCAAGUCUUGGGCAGCCCUGGCUAGCUGGGCUUAUAGAUGGGGCCGCAAAGUAGUUGAUAAUGCCAGUCAGGGAGAAGGUGUUCGGCUGCUCCCCCGGGAGAAAUCUGAGGUUCAGAACUUGCUACCAGACAACAUUGCAGAGGAGGAUAAAGAGAAAAUCUACGGCAUUCUUGGGCAGGCAGUGUGUCGGCCAGCUGGGAUUCAAGAUGAAGAUAUGACUCUACAAAUCACUGAAAAUGAGGACAAUGAAGAAGAUGAUAUGGUGGAUGUGAUAUGGCGUCAGUUAUUAACAAGUUGUCCCUGGCUUUCAGAUCUUGAUGAAAAUGCAACAGAAGGAUUAAUUAAAGUCUGGAGGAAAGUUGUGGACAGAAUCUUCAGUCUCUAUAAACUGUCCUGCAGCGCAUACUUUACUUUCCUCAAACUCAAUGCUGGUCAGGUUCCACUUGAUGAAGAAGAUCCCAGACUGCACUUGAGAAACACCUCUGAGCAAAGCACUGAUGAUGUAAUUGUGAUGGCAACCCUGAGACUGUUACGGUUGCUUGUGAAACAUGCUGGAGAACUUAGACAGUAUCUGGAGCAUGGGCUAGAAACUACACCUACUGCUCCUUGGAGAGGAAUUAUUCCCCAGCUUUUCUCCCGCCUGAAUCACCCAGAAGUGUACGUUCGGCAGAGCAUUUGCAACUUACUCUGUCGAGUUGCUCAGGAUUCUCCUCAUCUCAUCCUCUAUCCUGCAAUAGUGGGAACCAUUUCACUUAGCAGUGAAUCCCAGACUUCAGGAAACAAGCUGCCUUCUGCCAUCCCUACUUUGCUAGGUAAUAUACAAGGAGAAGAACUGUUGGGUGGUGAAUGUGAUGGAGGGAGCACUCCAGCUUCCCAAGAAAGUAGUAAAGAUGAUACAAAAGCUGGAUUAAAUGAAGAUCAAGCAAUGAUGCAAGAUUGCUACAGCAAAAUCGUGGAGAAACUCUCUGCUGCAAAUCCAACAAUGGUAUUGCAGGUUCAGAUGCUUGUGGCUGAGCUGCGCAGAGUUACAGUUCUCUGGGAUGAGCUUUGGUUGGGAGUUCUACUGCAGCAGCACAUGUACGUCCUCAGACGGAUUCAACAGCUGGAAGAUGAGGUCAAGAGGGUCCAAAACAACAACACUUUACGGAAAGAGGAGAAAAUAGCAAUCAUGCGUGAAAAGCACACAGCUCUGAUGAAGCCCAUUGUGUUUGCUCUGGAACACGUGAGGAGCAUCACUGCAGCUCCUGCAGAAACUCCUCAUGAGAAGUGGUUUCAGGAUAACUAUGGAGAUGCAAUUGAAAAUGCACUAGAGAAGCUUAAGAAUCCUUUGAAUCCUGCUAAACCUGGAAGCAGCUGGCUCCCAUUUAAAGAGGUAAUGCUGAGUUUGCAGCAAAGAGCACAGAAACGGGCCAGUUACCUCUUACGACUUGAAGAAAUCAGUCCUUGGUUGGCUGCCAUGAUGAACACUGAAAUAGCACUUCCUGGAGAGGUGUCCACCAGGGACACAGUCACCAUCCACAGUGUGGGCAGCACCAUCACCAUCCUCCCAACCAAAACCAAACCUAAAAAGCUGCUUUUCCUGGGUUCAGAUGGGAAGAACUAUCCCUACCUGUUCAAAGGUUUGGAAGACUUGCACCUAGAUGAGAGAAUCAUGCAGUUCUUAUCCAUUGUGAAUACCAUGUUUGCCACGAUCAACCGGCAAGAGACGCCACGGUUCCACGCGAGGCACUACUCGGUGACACCCCUGGGGACAAGGUCGGGCCUCAUCCAGUGGGUGGAUGGAGCCACACCUCUCUUUGGGCUUUAUAAGCGCUGGCAGCAGCGGGAAGCUGCUCUGCAGGCACAAAAGGCUCAGGACUCUUACCAGACCCCUCAGAACCCUGGAAUAGUUCCUAGACCCAGUGAACUUUACUACAGUAAAAUUGGACCUGCUUUAAAGGCAGUUGGGCUUAGUCUCGACGUGUCACGUCGUGACUGGCCCUUGAAUGUCAUGAGGGCUGUUCUGGAAGAGCUAAUGGAAGCAACUCCCCCGAAUCUCCUCGCUAAGGAGCUCUGGUCAUCGUGUACCACAGCAGAUGAGUGGUGGAGAGUUACACAGUCGUAUGCAAGAUCCACUGCAGUUAUGUCCAUGGUUGGCUACAUCAUUGGUCUUGGAGACAGACAUCUGGAUAAUGUUCUUAUAGAUAUGACUACAGGAGAAGUUGUCCACAUAGAUUAUAAUGUUUGCUUUGAAAAAGGGAAGAGCCUUAGGGUCCCAGAGAAGGUUCCGUUCCGGAUGACACACAACAUUGAAACAGCACUGGGAGUGACAGGAGUGGAGGGGGUGUUCAGGCUUUCUUGUGAACAGGUCCUUCAUAUUAUGCGGCGUGGGAGGGAGACUUUGCUUACGCUGCUGGAAGCUUUUGUUUAUGAUCCCCUGGUGGACUGGACAGCUGGAGGCGAGGCAGGAUUUGCUGGGGCUGUCUAUGGUGGUGGUGGCCAGCAGGCUGAAAACAAGCAGAGCAAAAGGGAAAUGGAAAGGGAUAUUACACGCAGUCUCUUUUCCUCGAGGGUGGCCGAGAUAAAGGUUAACUGGUUUAAGAACAGAGAUGAAAUGCUUGCUGUGCUGCCAAAACUGGACAGUAGUUUAGAAGAGUACCUGAACCUGCAGGAGCAGUUAACAGAUGUAGAAAAGUUGCAAGGAAAACUACUGGAAGAGAUAGAAUUUCUGGAAGGUGCAGAAGGAGUGGAUCAUCCCUCCCGCACACUUCAGAACAGGUAUUCUGAGCACACACAGUUGCAGUCUCAACAAAGAGCUGUCCAGGAAGCCAUCCAGGUGAAGUUAAAUGAGUUUGAGCAGUGGAUAACCCAUUACCAAACUGCCUUCAGUAAUUUAGAGGCAACACAACUUGCAAGUCUGCUCCAAGAAAUCAGCACACAAAUGGACCUAGGUCCUCCAAGUUAUGUCCCAGCAACAGCAUUUCUGCAAAAUGCAGGCCAGGCACAUCUCAUCAGCCAGUGUGAACAGCUGGAAGGAGAGGUUGGUAGCUUUCUGCAGCAGAGAAGAUCCGUGUUACGUGGUUGCUUGGAACAAUUGCACAACUAUGCAACAGUAGCUCUGCAGUAUCCCAAAGCUGUGUUCCAGAAGCACCGAAUAGAGCAGUGGAAAACCUGGAUGGAAGAGCUCAUUUGUAACAUGACAAUAGACCGUUGUCAGGAUAUCUUUAGGAAGUACGAGAUGCAGUACGCUCCGCAGCCGCCGCCCAGCGUGUGCCAGUUCAUAUCCACCACGGAGAUGACGCUGCAGCGCUACGCGGCCGACAUCAACAGCCGGCUGAUCCGGCAGGUGGAGCGGCUGAAGCAGGAGGCGGUCACGGUGCCCGUGUGCGAGGAGCAGCUCAAGGAGAUCGAGCGCUGCAUCAAAGUGUUCCUGCAUGAGAACGGCGAGGAGGGCUCGCUCAGCCUGGCCAGCGUCAUCAUCUCCGCUCUCUGCGCGCUGACCAGGCGAAACCUGAUGAUGGAAGGUGCAGCGUCCAGUGCUGGAGAGCAGCUGGUUGAUUUGACUUCCAGAGAUGGAGCCUGGUUCCUGGAGGAGCUUUGCAGCAUGAGUGGGAAUGUCACGUGCCUUGUGCAGCUGCUGAAGCAGUGCCAUCUUGUACCCCAGGACUUGGAUAUUCCCAACCCCAUGGAAGCAUCAGAAGCUGUUCACUUAGCCAAUGGAGUGUAUAUCUCACUUCAGGAAUUGAACUCAAACUUCCGACAGAUCAUUUUCCCAGAAGCACUUAGGUGCUUAAUGAAAGGAGAGUAUACUUUAGAAAGUAUGCUCCAUGAAUUGGAUAAUCUUAUAGAGCAAACAACUGAUGGAGUCCCUUUGCAAACAUUGGUUGAAUCUCUUCAAGCCUACUUACGAAAUGCUGCUAUGGGUAUAGAGGAGGAGACACACACUCACUACAUUGAUGUUGCAAGAGUACUUCAUGCUCAGUAUGGUGAACUGAUUCAGCCAAGAAAUGGUUCAGUUGAUGAAACUCCCAAAAUGUCAGCUGGUCAGAUGCUUUUGGUAGCUUUUGAUGGAAUGUUUGCUCAAGUGGAAACUGCAUUUGGUUUAUUGAUUGAAAAGCUAAACAAGAUGGAGAUACCUCUUGCUUGGCGUAAGAUUGACAUAAUUAGGGAAGCUCGCAGCACCCAGGUUAACUUCUUUGAUGAUGACAAUAAUCGCCAAGUCCUGGAGGAAAUUUUCUUUCUGAAGAGACUGCAAACAAUUAAAGAAUUUUUCAGGCUCUGUGGUACCUUUUCUAAGACACUGUCAGGAAUCAGUUCAAUUGAAGACCAGAAUGCAGUAAAUGGACCUGUUCAAAUUGUCAAUGUGAAAGCCCUUUACAGGAACUCUUGUUUUAGUGAAGAUCAAAUGGCCAAGCCAAUUAAAGCUUUUACAGCAGACUUUGUGAGGCAGCUUUUAAUUGGCCUUCCAAAUCAAGCUUUGGGACUGACCUUGUGCAGUUUCAUCAGCGCUCUGGGUGUUGAUAUCAUUGCUCAGGUAGAAGCUAAAGACUUUGGAGCAGAAAGCAAGGUUUCUGUGGAUGACCUGUGCAAGAAAGCCGUGGAGCACAACAUCCAGAUUGGCAAGUUCUCACAGCUGGUGAUGAACAGGGCCACAGUCCUGGCCAGCUCCUACGACACGGCCUGGAAGAAGCACGACCUGGUGCGCAGACUGGAAACCAGCAUUUCCUCCUGCAAGACCAGCCUGCAGAGAGUGCAGCUGCACAUUGCCAUGUUCCAGUGGCAGCAUGAGGAUCUUCUCAUCAGUCGCCCCCAGGCUAUUUCUGUCACUCCACCUCGUUCAGCAAUUUUAAACAACAUGAAAAAGAAACUUCAUGCGCUCAGUCAGAUUGAAGCUUCCAUUGCAACGGUCCAGGAGAAACUAGCAGCACUUGAAGCAAGUAUUGAGCAGCGUUUAAAAUGGGCAGGAGGUGCUAAUCCUGCACUGGCCCCAGUCUUGCAAGAUUUUGAUGCCACUAUUGCUGAACGGAGAAACCUUGUACUGAAAGAAAGUCAAAGAGCAAGCCAGGUCACUUUCCUCUGCAGUAAUAUCAUUCAUUUUGAGAGUUUACGUACCAGAACAGGAGAAGCCCUGAAUCUCGAUGCUGCCCUGUUUGACCUCCUCAAACGCUGUCAGCAGAUGUGCUCCCUGGCAUCGCAGUUCAACAGCUCCGUGUCUGACCUGGAGCUCCGCCUGCUGCAGAGGGUGGGCACUGGUCUCGAACAUCCUAUUGGCAGCUCUGAGUGGCUUCACUCAGCUCACAAGCAGUUGACCCAGGAGAUAUCUACACAGAGAACAGUACAAACAGAACGAGAACAGCAAAUAGAAACAGUUUGUGAAACAAUUCAGAAUCUGGUGGAUAGUAUUAAAACUGUGCUCACGGGUCAUAACAGACAGCUUGGAGAUGUCAAACAUCUACUGAAAGCUAUGGCAAAGGAUGAAGAAGCGGCUUUGGCAGAUGGUGAAGAUGUUCCCUAUGAGAACAGUGUUAGGCAGUUCCUGGGUGAAUAUAAAUCAUGGCAAGAUAAUAUUCAGACAGUUCUGUUUACAUUAGUUCAGGUUAUGGGUCAAGUCCGCAGUCAGGAACAUGUUGAAAUGCUGCAGGAAAUAACUCCCACCUUGAAAGAACUUAAAACACAGAGCCAAAGUGUCUACAAUAAUCUGGUGGGGUUUGCAUCACCCUUAGUCACGGAUACAGCAAAUGAAUGCUCCAGCCCAACUUCAGCUGCUACAUAUCAGCCAACCUUUGCUGCAGCUGUACGUAGCAAUACAGGGCAGAAAACUCAGCCAGAGGUGAUGUCACAGAAUGCAAGAAAGCUAAUUCAGAAAAAUCUUGCAACAUCAGCAGAUACUCCUCCAAACACAGUCCCAGGAACUGGCAAAAGUGUUGCUUGUAGUCCCAAAAAGACAGCCAGGGACCCUAAAACAGGAAAAGCUGUGCAGGAGAGGAAUUCCUACGCAGUUAGCGUGUGGAAGCGGGUCAAAGCCAAGUUAGAGGGCCGAGAUGUGGAUCCCAACAGGAGAAUGUCUGUGGCUGAACAGGUUGACUUUGUGAUUAAGGAAGCAACUAAUCUAGAUAACUUGGCUCAGCUGUAUGAAGGUUGGACUGCCUGGGUAUGAGUAGGGAGACAGCAGCUCGGUCUGGUUCAGCGAGGUCAGACAUCCACCAGAAUCAACUCGGCCUCAGGCAUCCGUAGCCGCACCACAGUCGGUGGUGAUGCAUACUGGGGCUUAAUCUGAGGAAACCUAGGAAAUCUCGGUGCACUGGGAAGUGAAUCCUGCAGGAUAGCUGCACUCAGGGAUACGCUAAACACAAUGGUCUGCAACCCCCACGGUCAAGGGUGAAAGCUCACCGCUUGAGCAACACGGUUUGUCUUUCUGCUACGGAAGAACUGCAAACGUGUCUGGGGGUCAGCUGCAGAAAGAAAUCAGGAUGCUACAAACGGCAGAGUGAUUUGGAACUCAAUUCCACCUGACCCUGUGAACAAUUCAGGAAACACCGAACCCUGUUCAAAGAAAAACAGAAAAAUGGGGCCAUGAAGAAAUCACAGCGAGGGCAGAUUUGAUGCAUUCAGAUCCUUGUUCCUCUUGUUCUGUGGCAGCAGUGCUGGUUGAGUUGACCAGUUAGUAUGGGAAAAGGCUACAAAAUGUAAACUUCAGAAAUGGACUGAAAGCAAAGAGCUGUACAUCAGAUACACGCUGCAUUGGAAGAACUUCUGAGAUAGAAGAAAAAGCCUUUGUUCUCUUCUUCCUUUCCUCUUUCCUUUCACUCCUCCCUCCCAGCCUCUCCUUGCAUACACCCCUCUUGGCUUAUUCUUGUAGGUUAGGCGUACUUCCAAUAUACUUUUUAUUUCAAUCCUUCUGCUUCACAGUUUAGUCAAAUUAACAACUUAAAUUCUGUUCGGUAAACAAUUUCUCCAAAAGCACUGAAAAUAUAGAACAUUAAUGAUUACUUAUGAGUUGGAUGGUCAAAUGCAAAAUGUAAUUUUGGUUAUUUUGAAGUCAUUUUUGUGAUUCUAUUAUGUACAGUUUCUCAAAAUUGUCACUGUGCAUUUAAAAGUAAUGAUUCCUACAGGCAUUUGAUUUAAUGUGCACUUCCCUCUGCUUGCAGUGUACACUUUUUUGUAAUUCAAAUUGUCCCUCCAAUCUCAUUCUACUGUGAUUGCUGUAGUUUCUUUCGUACGAAGUAGCUAAUCCAAUGUAAUCUUUACCUUUUUAAAAACCAGGAUAGAGUAUCUAGUAGAGUUUUACAUUGUUGAUGACAGAUAAACAAUAAAGUGAUGUUCUGGUGGAGGUAGAGUGAUAUGCUUUUUACUUCAUUUUCCUAAUCCUUUUAGUUCACACUUGUAAAUUCUAGUGCUUCACUUCACAGAGGUAUACAUAUAAUCCAAGAAAUGAAGGACUCUCAAAUUUUUGUUCAGCUAGAUCUGUAAAGAUUUCUGCAAAGUAGUUUUCCUUUGCCAUAUUUCUUCUAUAGAUGGUUGUUCAGUAAUGCAUCCAUAGGGAAUCUUCCACUGAGGUUCUUUUUAAUCAGUUCUCAAAGUGUGAUUAUGGUCAGAAAAGUCUCUCUAAAAAUGGCAUCAUCUUCCUUGGAUCAAGGUCCUGCUUGUCUAAAAGACUUCUUGCUUCAUUUUUUAAGUAGGACACCUUUAGGAAAAGGCAACUUCCUUUUCUUAGAGCAAACAAACCCCACAGAAUUCAGCUACAACUGCAGAACUGUAAAGGUGCUGAUAGCUAAAGCAGAAAUGCACUCUGGCAUUCUGAACCCAGAUAAAUUUGUUGUAGAUCUAUAUAAAAAGUUUCUCUUUUGUAAACUUGGUGAAUUCAUUAUGCACAGCUGCUGAAAAAUGUGGGAAGAUCCUUUAUGCUAUUUUAGUCACUUUUCAGAGUAAAACCACACUUUCAAUACAGGAUUUUUUCAGUCAAAAUCCAAGUAUUAAAAGAUUUGAGCCAAGCCCACUACUGGCAUAAAUUAAAAUUGAUUUAAUUGAAAGGGUUUGCAGCAGUUCAUCUGAGUAGGAAGCUUGGCUGGUGAUUUUUGGAUAAUGCCAGCAAACUUCUGUUCCUUUCAGUAUUUGCACUAUGCUGACUGCUCUGCCUCCGCAGUAGGUCCUAGAAUUCGCUUUCUCCUCUGUUGCCAACUUUUUGUGGACAUGCACUUUGAAGUGUAACAGUUUUCAACAGUCAUAUGGCCUUCCUUGCACUCUGAUUGCCUGAUUACCUCUAGGGAAGUCACAGGCUUUGCAUCUAGCAGUAGCCGUGCAAACGCAUUCCACUGCCACUGCUCCCUGACCCUCUGCCACCAACGCCCAGGAGAAGCUGUUGGAAUGCUGCAGUGAAGAACAGUCAUAUGCAGAACAGGACACUUGGCACUGUUGGUCCUUUUCAUUUUUCUCCAGUUAAAAAUAACCUUAUGAACAAUCUGUUGGAGAAGUGUAGUGACAGGAGUGUGUUGUACCUGCUGUUUUGUUUCUUGGAAGCUGGGGGGAAGGGAGGGGUAACGCACUCACCUGUGGCUCAUGUAUUAUACCUCUGCCAUCCAGAAAUGGAACACUUGUGUGGAGAUGGGUUCUUACUGCGUAAUUUAAUAAAGUUCUAAAAAAUAAAAAAGAAUGUGUUUUUAAUUUCCUUCUAUGCAA